GAUGAGCCACAGCAAUGCAUGACACAUUUCUGUAUUCAUAUUGCACAUUAUUUGCACAACAACAAAGCCACGUAUAUCCUGGGUUUUAUUUAAGGUGAUUCAAGUUUUAAAUGGGGAUCCCUUUAUCCUGUAAUUGCCAUGUAAUGAGAUAUUUGCACUACUUUGAUGAUUCCCAAGUGCUGCUGCAUAUAUUGGUUACAAGCAUUCGGGUAGCUUAGAGACUGCAGGCUUAUUUUGACAAUGCAUGUUAUACAUGUUAAACCAGUGUAAUUAUUCUUUAAACAUUUAUGAAUUCAGUCUUAUAAAUACGAGAAGGCUGCUUUAUGUAUGUAAUAGAACUAGUUCUACCAGAAUCUGACAUCUCUCUUCUGAAAUGCUGGUCAGAUGUUCACUGUAUCUGGGUCUGCACUGAUAAUCAUCUGAUCAUCAUAAACUAUACGGUGCAAGAACAGGGCACUUAUUAUAUACAUGGUUGGGAUUUGUUGGGAUUCCUCCUGCUAGGUUUUCAUUCAGUCAGAGCACAAGCGGAAUUUUUUUCAUUCAGAUUUUGUAGGCUGCAAAAUCUAGACCUUACUCGAGACUUUCCUUUCCUCUCUGCCCAUCUUCUGUCCUAAUCACAGGGGAAAUACUUCUUGGUUUCUUAAAAUGAGACAUCCCAAGCUUACCUGUGCUCUCUGCUUCUUUAUGUUCCCCAAAGGUAGUGGAGAUUCCUCUUUGGAAAAGGAGUUCACCUCCACGAUUGUGGGCCCUACUGUGAGCACACCAAACAGCCAACAUUCCUCCCCAAGCCGCUCCCUUAGUGCAAAUUCUAUCAAGGUGGAAAUGUACAGUGAUGAAGAAUCAAGCCGGCUGCUGUCGCAUGACGACCGGCUCAUUGAAAAAGAGGACAGCGUGAUUGUGGAGGAUUCUCUCUCUGAGCCACUCGGCUACUGUGACGGGACAGGGCAGGAGCCACAUUCCCCUGGCGGCAUCCGGCUACCCAAUGGCAAGCUGAAAUGUGAUAUCUGUGGGAUGGUGUGCAUUGGCCCGAACGUACUGAUGGUGCACAAGCGCAGCCACACCGGUGAGAGGCCAUUCCAUUGCAAUCAGUGCGGUGCCUCCUUUACCCAAAAGGGCAACCUCCUGCGCCACAUCAAGCUGCACUCGGGCGAGAAGCCCUUCAAAUGUCCCUUCUGUAACUAUGCCUGUCGGAGGAGAGACGCACUCACGGGGCACCUCCGAACACACUCAGUCUCCUCCCCCACUGUCGGAAAGCCCUACAAAUGUAAUUAUUGCGGCCGCAGCUACAAGCAGCAAAGCACGUUGGAAGAGCACAAGGAACGCUGCCACAACUACCUGCAGAGUCUUAACACUGAACCACAGUCGCUGGCUGGCCAGCAAGGUGACGAGAUGCGGGACUUGGAGAUGGUGCCGGACUCCAUGCUUCACUCCUCAGCCGACCGGCCGACCUUCAUUGACCGACUGGCAAACAGCAUCACCAAACGAAAACGCUCCACACCUCAGAAAUUUGUGGGAGAGAAGCAGAUGCGGUUUGGCCUCUCCGACAUGGCAUUUGACGUCAGCUCCGGCUUCGAGAAGGACGUGGAGAUGGUGGCGGCCCACCAUCCCAUGGACACGAGCUUUGGCGGAUCCCUGUCCUUCAUGGGAGCAGAACACUUGCGCCCUCUCAGAAUCCCGCCGACCAACUGCAUCUCCGAGAUCACCCCCGUCAUCAGUUCCGUCUACACGCAGAUUCAGCCCCUCCCGGGCAGGCUGGAAAUAGCAGGAAGCCGGGAAGCUGCGGAAGGCCACGAGGACCUUCCCGACGGGACGCAGAUUGUGUACCGGGCAUCUCGGGAGCCCAGCAUGGUGUCACCUAGCAACGGCUGCCAGGAUUCCACGGACACUGAGAGCAUACACGAGGAGAGGGGCUCACAGCAGCCGCUGCUGUCCGUCAUUGGGAACUGCACCAGCAGCCGGCAGAGUCCGGCCUACGCCAAAGAGGACCCGAAAGUACAAGAGGGCAUCAUUCCCACCACUACUCGGUCAACUCCCAGCUCAGCCAAAGAAGCCCUGCGUGUGGUGAAUGAUGAAGGGGAACAGAUAAAAGCCUUCAAAUGCGAGCACUGCCGAAUCUUGUUCCUGGACCACGUCAUGUUCACUAUCCACAUGGGCUGCCACGGCUUCAGAGACCCUUUCGAAUGCAACAUCUGCGGCUAUCACAGCCAAGACCGGUACGAGUUCUCCUCCCACAUAGUGAGAGGGGAGCAUAAAGUCGGCUAGUCCUAAACUCUCUCCCCUCUUUCCCCACCUCCCCAAAUCUCCCUCCCCAUCUCUCGUGCCCCAUCCUCGUUGGGUAUGGAGCCGUUCUUUUCUUUUGUACUCCGUUGCACUGACUUUGGCUAAAAAAGAGAAAUGUUCUAAAUAAAAAAUAAAAACCCUAACUUAAAAAAAAAAUCCAACAAACUUGAGAUGGGGAGGAGCUCAUAACAUUUGCCUUUUCUACGCUGUGUUAUUUAAAUACUGUUUAUUGAUUUUAAAGUUCUCUUGUGCUUUUGAUUCUCUUCCACUCCUAGUUGUUAUUUAUUAAUUUCAUUUCUCUCUCUAUUUUGUGGUCAUGCAAGCCUUUUCUUUAUGUCAUUUUGCCAGGGGCUUCCUCCCUUUUGAGGGACGCGACACACACCUCUGGUACACAUCAGCAAGAUAUUAGUGUCUUUCGUGUCUGUCUCUCCUUCCUCCUCCAUUCAAAGUUUCUCUGGGCUUCUUUUGGUGAAUUUCAGUUCAGGUAUCUCUUGUCAAGCCACCAUGUUAGACAUUAAGAACCUCAGAUCAGGUGCUAAUAUACUCUUGUAGAACUUCCCCCUUUCAAAGGGGCUAGGAAAGCCACGAUUUGAGUUACACUUAGAUGGUGAUGUCAGGAAGAACCACGUGUUCCCUCUUUUUUGGGUGUCUGUGAAACACAGCAUAGAAAGGUAUCCUACUAGGAACUCUGUGGUCCCGUGAACUCUAUACCUCUAUGCUUCUACUUUAUGACAGCUUUGUAUCGAAACGUGCUGUCUCUUCUUUCGGGGCACAGAAAAGGUGGCGAAUUCUGGUGAAAAUGAAGGAGAUGCAGCACCAACUAGUCUGAAGGAAGGUGGCAAGCGUUCGUGUACAAAGUUUGCCAGUGUGCUGCCUUUGCAAGCUCAAUUGAAGAUCAGCAUUAGGAAAGCAAAUGCUAUUCCCCCCCCCCCCCAGGAUGCAAGGAAGGAACCUUAGCAUUGCCUGGUUAAAGGGCAUGUUCUGCAUCCCAGCUGUUAAGAAUCUGGGAUGCCCUCCUUCAAAAGGAUGUGCUUGGUGUCCGUGUUGUUCAGCGUGACCUUCUGUCCAGAAGGGUUGCUUGAGCUAACGUCCUCUGAGCUUCCUUCUGCCGGCUCUUAAAGAGUCAUUUUUUUAGUGGAAGUUUUAGAAGGUGUGAGCCUCAACCCUUAGGUGAGUGUAUGUCACUGACUUCUCUCUCCAAAAGCAUGCAACUUCCAUAGGGUGAAUAAAUAAACAUGACCCUGUUGGAUGUGAUUCCUAGGAGACAUAAUCAAGGGACUUUCAGUGGAAGGCAGGAAACAAGAUAGCAAAAGCCUCUGUGGCUUUUAGUAACCUCCCUUGCAACUACUAGAGUUGGGUGUUGAGGACUUGUCCCUUCUUUGUUGUCGUUCUGGUGCCUGACUUCUGCCUCACUCCAGUCAGUUGCCCAGGAAUUGGUUAUCACAAAGUAGCUUGGGGUUUGACUUCUUUCCCAGCAGGAAGGGCUGCCUUGUUUUUGCACAGAUCAAACAAAAACCUUAGUGAUCCGUGUUCAGAAAGCAUAUGGUGGUUUUUUUUGGACUCAAUUAGCAAACUCUUGACAGCAGCAGCAGCCAUGAAGGUGGGAGGUCCUUGUCUUGUAAAGCUACGUAAAAGCAUACAGCGGCAUGGACAAAAUCGUGUAGAGUAACUUCCGGUAAAAACUGUCUGCCCAAUAUCUACACAGUAGCCAGAGUCUCCCAUUUUCUCACAGGUACGUAAUCAGUGGUGCCAAAGAGGGCCAUUGGUGUUCUGCAAUGCAGAUCCCGCCGAAAAAUCUUGCUUUUGUGUACUUUAGUGUCUUAAAGCCUUGAUCACCACGAAGGGCUGAAACCUCCAUUCUGUAGUUUGGUUGAAGAUGUGCUGCUGUUAGUGGACUGUAGGCAAGAUUUGUUACUCCACGUCAGGCUUAUGCAGUCAUUCCUACCAGCCCAAGCAGAAAUUCUGUUUAUCCUUGCUUUUAAGAGUAUAAUCGCCAGAUGUAAAGGCUUGGGCGUUGAGGCAGCAUAACUUGGGAAGUUUGCCUUUCUGCAAGGUGUUGUCCUUCAUCUCAGCACCUUGACCUGCUGGAAGCACCUUGCCUGACAGAAGGAGAUGGGAGGUAAAGGUAAAAUUGUAUCUCUAGUCUUAGGACACAGCAAGGGGGAGAAGGCUUGUGGUUUUAGAUAAAUGCCCAUGAUGCAUAAAAACUAACUUGCUCAACAGCAGCUCAGCAAACUGCUUCCUUGUGGGAUAAACCAAAGGCUGUUCUUUUUCUACUUAGAAACACCUCAAGUUGCAACAUUUUGUUUGGUUUUGCCCUUUUGUUAUUAGACUGCUUUUUUGAGAUGUGAAAUGCUAAAUUUUCCAAGCUGUCUCCACCCCUUGCAAGGCUAGACAGAUUUGCUUAACUGGAAAGGCCUUGACAAAUGAGAUAUUCCGGGGGAUUCUUCUAGAAGAUGGGAAGGUGAGAACCUUCCUUCAAAUAGUUGCACUCCACUGUUCUGCCACACUUUCUUAAAGCUCUUACUUAACCUUUCUGGUACAAAGUCACUUUCCCCUUCUGCUUUUGUCACUUGGGUUCAGCAUACGAAUUGUAUCUUAGAGGUUCAGAAGGCAUUUUUGAGCUGGUUCCGGCAAAUGUGUAUUUUGUGGCUUCAAGCAGACGAGGAGGGAAUAGAAUAUUAAAAUUCUUGUCAUUAAGAUUACUAUUGUGCAAUACAAAUGGAACCUGCUGGGAGACUUUGCCAAAUUGCUAAAGGGACUUGAGAGUCCACUUCCUGUCUUUUCAAUGAGGAUUGUACUUUCCACACCCUCCCUGUUAUUCCUUAGGCCCUUGGAUAAAGGAUUUUGAUUGAUUUUUUUAAAGCACUCAUAUCUCCUAUUGGUGUACAGUAUUCAGCACUUUUUGUGAUUGUUAAACCGAAGAAUCAGUUCAGAUGGCAUAGUUCCCCCCUCAAUAAUUCCCAAGACUUGGAUGCUCAUUAAAUUAUAUUAUCUGAAUGAAACUGCCCAGUGGUGAUUCUGGGGAUGACACUUCUGUACUGGGAAUUGUUACGGGGUUUCUCAUGUGACUGGAGACAUCUUAUGAUCCAGCCAUUAUACAUUGUAUUUUUGAAUGUUUUGACUUCAUACUGCUUUAAAAGUUAGGAUAUGUCCACUGCAAAUCUUGCAAACAUGAAGGUUUGAGUCAGAUUAACACAAGCAGUUUGGUAAGAUAAUUGUGUUGAAUGAAUGAACUCAAGGUGUUCCAUUUGUGCCCCUGGAAAUCUGUGAGAGCAUAUCUUAAAGCUGCUUCUUAGCUAUUUUUUAAAACACACAUUUGGGUUCUCAGGAAAGGCUUAUCUAAAGACUUGUGAAAGCGGGAUGUUGGAAAUCUAAUGCACAUUUAUUACAUUUAAUAAAAAACCUCAAAGCUGAUUUCCAACUUUUAAAGACAUUUACGUGUCAUUGAGUGACUGUUUUGGCCCAUUUUGUGUAUAUGAGCGAGUAAAAAAAGCUACUUCCAGAAUGAGUUUUCAACAUUUUUUUCCAUGAACCGCCUAACACGCCAGUAUUUUAGAUGAUUCUUGCAUCUUGCUUAUAGGAUUCAUCCUGUGAAAACUAAUUGUAGCUUUUUCACAUAAAUGCAUUCAGAGAAAGAUCUAAAACAUUUGUCACAUGAACUUCAAAUGUUACAGUAGAAUUAAAUCUCUGAGUUGAGAUGUUUGCACAUCUUCAGAUCCAGGCAGACCUGUGUGUAUAGCAGUAAUGAGAGAAGCAAACUCAAUUGUGUGCAUGUUUUUGUUCCUCCCUCUCCACCCUAGUAUGGAUCUAGGCCUAGAAUGGUGUUUGCAAGAGUCAUUUCCAUUUCUAGGCAGAUUCUCUCUUGUAGGAUCUGACAAAGAGCACUUCCCUCUAGGUACGUGAGGCUGUCUGGAUCUCUGGUUGUGGCACACAUGCUGGGUUGUGCUGUGGCCUUGAGUCUCUCCCUGUGUGUUUCGGCAACACUAUAUUUAAUUGGCAAGCACUUUUUGGUCCAUCAAUCAAGGCGAAACAAAAGUUGGUAUUUACCAAGUCCUCCAACCAUUGAAAGAGAUCACUUAUUCCCCAGACAUAGGCAAAAUCUUAUGUGUGGUGUUUGUUUGUUUGAUUAUGUGACCAGUGUUUUAAGCAGAAGUGGAAAUAAAGCAGAGAGCAAAAUUUGUAUCUGCUUUCCCCCCACUUAGUAGAUCAGCUGCAUAGUUCAUGCUAGGCACUUAAAUAAAUAAAUUUCAAUCUGUAAAAUGGAGCUUGGGGAGACACACCUAAGAGCAGCUGUUACACAACCGGGGGCCUUUCCACAUUUUUUGGGGGGGGGCUUCAACUCCCCAUCAACCAACAGCCAUGUUGGUUUGGGCUGAAGGCGAGUUACAGUACAAAGCAUCGGAAACACCACCUUAGGGAAGGUUGCUAAGAAUAUGGAGUUUCUUUCCCUAAAAUAAUCUACCCUUCCAGUUCUAGAAGUGAUCCUCAAUGCUCUCAUCUUUUCCAUGUGAGAUUAGAGUUCUUUCCAGCUCCGGUAGACCAAAUUCUGGGAAGAUGCAUCAUUUUAUUUUUCAAUGCAGAGACUAAUAUUGCUGUGAAAACUGUAAAACAUAAUCCAACUAGCUAUGCUUGUCAUCUUGAUACAUUUGUCAAGACGUGGGGGCAUGUAUUGACUUCUUGACAUAUAACAUUGGGAAGGAAAUACAUUAGUGCAGUUUUUCUUGUUAGAUAUUUUUACAGAUUUGUUUUCCGGAUACAAGUGUGAUUCUUUGACACGAACAACAACAACAAAUUAAUAGGAAAACCGGCUUUCAUAGUUGGGUACUGACUUCUUGAAAGCCAAAGAUGGCCCUUGGGUACUUGGCAUCAAUUAAUGCCACACUGGUAAAUUGAAGCACCUAAAGGGUCAUUUGUUACUGUUGAUUUCUAUUUGUAAAAAGUAAAGAUAUCCCUUUGUGCCUCCAUACAAAGCCCACAUUCAGACUUUUUCUUCCUGUUUUUAGUGGGAAUAGAACCACUCUCUGCAGGAACUCUUUGGUUUUCUUUUGGUUG